GUUAUGUCUAUAUAUACAUAAUAGAUAUGUAUCUAUUAUUGCAUGUAUGUAUAAAAAGAUAGAUACAAAGAAAGGUCUGAGAACAAAAAGGGGUUUUGUGCUUUUGUGAGUUAGAGUUGUUGGGAAGAGAAGAAAAAAAAAUGGGAAGGGGUAGGGUUGAGCUUAAGAGAAUAGAGAACAAGAUCAACAGGCAAGUGACCUUCGCUAAGAGAAGAAAUGGACUCUUGAAAAAAGCUUAUGAGCUUUCUGUUCUUUGUGAUGCUGAGGUUGCUCUCAUCAUCUUCUCCAAUAGGGGGAAACUGUACGAGUUCUGCAGUAGCUCUAGCAUGCUCAAGACAUUAGAGAGGUACCAGAAGUGCAACUACGGAGCACCAGAGACCAAUAUAUCCACACGAGAAGCACUGGAAAUAAGUAGCCAACAAGAGUACUUGAAGCUUAAAGCACGUUACGAAGCAUUACAGCGAUCACAGAGGAAUCUUCUUGGUGAAGAUCUUGGCCCUUUGAAUAGCAAGGAACUUGAAUCACUUGAGAGGCAGCUUGAUAUGUCACUGAAACAGAUUCGAUCAACUCGGACUCAAUUAAUGUUGGAUCAACUUACAGAUCUUCAGAGAAAGGAACAUGCAUUAAACGAAGCAAACAGAACCUUGAAACAAAGGUUGAUGGAAGGAAGCCAACUAAAUCUGCAGUGGCAGCAAAAUGCACAAGAUGUGGGCUACGGCCGGCAGACAACUCAAACUCAGGGCGAUGGCUUUUUUCAUCCUUUGGAAUGUGAACCCACUUUGCAAAUUGGGUAUCAGAAUGAUCCAAUAACAGUAGGAGGAGCAGGGCCUAGUGUGAAUAACUACAUGGCUGGCUGGUUGCCUUGAAAUUAAGCUCAUUUCUGAUAAGAUUGAUUAUAUAAACAUAUGCUCAAUGUUUUUCCUGUCAUAAACACUCUCCUAAUUUGUGUUAUAUGUUGUUUGCCGAAUUCUGGACUAAUUUGGGAUCCAUAAGACAGACCCGUUAUUGUUACUUAAUCAUAAACUAGAUUUCCCUUAGUGCUUAAUCACUAAAGGUUAUUACUUUCCUCCA